UUCACCAUGAAGCUGUUCAGACACAUACUUCUGAAUGUCUCUCUUUUGAUUCCUAUAAGCCUGGCAAACAUGAGGAUGGAUCCAAGAUUGACCCAUCCUGUGAAAGGUAAAUGGUCUUUUUCUCUACCCAAAGAGGAGGCAAAUGCUGUCUUCUACCUAUCAGAAAAUCAUUCUUUGUACAUUGGAGGAGAACAGAUUUUGUAUAAUUUUAACUUUGAGAGGAUGAAGAAUUACACGAUGGAAGCUGAUUCAGAAUAUUGUCAAGAGAAGUGCAAAAAUGAUGUAACAUUUGUGGGACAACUAUCAGGAAAGCUUACAGUCUGUGGUACCAAUGCGGACGAUCCUGGCUGCUGGGCCAUGGAUGGUGAAAAAUUUCUGAAGCUUAAAUAUCCAUGGGCUGAACAAAUGGCUCCUCGCACCCCAGUGGCCAAUUAUAACAUUUUAAUUUCAGGAAACCAGGUAUACUCUACAUUGCCCCGAAUAACCAACAAUGGAGGGAGUAUGAAGAAAGUCUUAUUUCGCAAAAUCCAUGGUGAAAAACCAUUACUGUACACAGGAGAUAAAUUUUUCAGAUAUCCAGAGUUUGUGAAGUCUCUAGUUGUGGAGAAAGAAGACAAAGUGCAAAAUAAGAUUCUUCUCUUCUUCACUGAGGAUAAUGAUGAAACCAGAACAGUAGAGAAGAGACUGGCUAUGGUGGCUCAGCUUUGUAAGGAAGAGAGCGGAUCAGCAAAACCCAAUACCCGCAACGUAUUUAGUACGGCACUGAAAUCACAUAUGAUAUGUGGAAACCAAUUAACUGGGCAAUAUUAUCCACACCUACAAGACAUCUACUAUGUGCAAAGAAAAUCAAAGAAUGUGAUUUAUGGACUUUUCAAAAAUGCCUGGAAUCACAGUGCGGUGUGCUCUUAUGAGGUUGAGCAUAUUGAACAUCUUUUCAAUACUUCAAGCUUGUUGGGUUCCUCUCAAAAAGACCUAAGGAUUCGACCAGGAACGUGCCUUGAAACUCUCACCCCUGAGGAGACCUCAGAAGAGGCAUCCAGCUAUCCAGAACUAACAGACUGGUUGUGGCCAUCAGCAAAUAGGACUGUUUUCCAAAAUCUUGAAAACUACAGAAAAAUAGUAGUGGAUGUGAUAACCACAGUGAACCAGGAAACCUACAGUGUUAUCAUAUUAGCCACAGAUGAUGGAACUGUACACAAGGUGGUAGAGCUGAAAGAUGGGGCUUUAAAUAUUCUUAAAGUGAUCCCCUUUAAACAUAAAGGAAGACUACAGUUCAUGGAAUUGGAUCCAAAGGAGCACAUGUUGUAUAUGGGAACUACUCGAGAAAUUUCCAGACUAUCACUUGAUGACUGUUCGGCCUAUAGCACAAGCUGCAUGGACUGUAUUCAGGCAAGAGACCCCUUCUGUGGUUGGAUUGAUGGAAAAUGUGACUCAGUCCUAAAGCAUAACAGCUCCAUGUUACUUCAGAACCUGAAACAGAAUGCUUAUAUGCAACCAGGAAAAGGAGUCAUCAAUAAUGUACCUAAAAGGAAAUCGGCCUCUAUCCACAGAGACACAGGCGUUUGAAACACAGUAUUUUUUGACAUGUCCAACCAUGUCUAAGCAUGCCAGUUACACCUGGAAAAACGGUGACACGGAAAUGGAAAAAUGUAACUCCAGUCGUGACAUCUGUGAACUGAUCAUCAAUAAAGUCGCCUACCCUGGGGAAUACAAAUGUAUAGUGAAGGAAUUGGACACAGAACGUGCAGUAUUAAGCUAUAAAUUUGAGGAAUUUAACAUCGCCACCCAGAUUCAGUGUAUCUGGCUUCUGCUAUUGCCUAUUCAGUUACUGUUGUUAAUGUGAUACAUCUAGCUGCUUUGCUAGUGAUUAGUUAGUUACUUACUGUAGGUCAUCUCUGAUUGACAGUUUCCAACUGAUAAGUAAACUUGCAGAGAAGCUACACCAGCAUUCUACUGGAGCCCAUGCCUGUCAGAUACUAGCUGACCAAAAAGGUUAAAAUCAAAUACUCAAUUAGGCUGGCUCACAGUAUCUUUGCAUACAUAUGCAUUUAUUAAACCAAUAAAAGAGUCAAAUUAAAAACA